AUGACUAUGAAUUGUAAACUAGACUCGAUUGCCAACGACAGCACACACGUCAUCGCCAAUGGUGGCAACAGCCAUCUGAAUGGCAGCUAUUCACCGGCAAAGGCACCUCACAGCACGAAUGAGACUUCAUCACAUGGCCAUACCAACGGCACCUCGAACGGUGUCAACGAUAGCCACGUUGAUCAUUUCAACAAUGACGCACCCAAAGGAGAUGGUCAGCGGCUUCGUGUUACCAUCAUAGGUGCUGGUUAUGCUUCAUCCCAAGAGAUCCAGGCAUAUCUUGACGGCGUAGCACGGCAUUUUGAUCUGCGCAAGUUCAUCAGGUUCAACACAACAGUGACCAAAGCAGAGUGGUCGGAAGAUUCCGGCACAUGGUCUGUAAACACCGCAGAUGGAUCAACGCUCGUAUCCGAGGUUCUCGUGAACGCCAGCGGCAUUCUCAAUAACUUCCAAAUGCCAAAUAUUGAAGGAUUCGAGAACUUCACCGGCCCUGUGCUUCACACAGCCGACUGGGAUUCAUCCGUAAACUUGAGGGGUCAACGGGUUGGUGUCAUCGGAGCGGGCGCGAGUUCCGUUCAACUUCUCCCCGAGAUUCAAACAGAAGCCAGCAAAAUCAGCGUCUUCAUCCGGACACCGUCAUGGAUCUCUCCGCCGGUUGCCCUACCGGAGGCCAAUCGACCCGGACACACAUACGGCACAGACGAGAAGCAAGCGUUUAGAGAUGAUGAAAGAGAGUAUCUCGAAACCAGAAAAGGACUAGAAUCGCAGUUCAACGGAAUGUUUCAGGCCUUUUUCAAGGCGAACCCAGAGCAGAGAAGCAUGCGUCAGCGGUUCGAGACGAGGAUGAGGAGUCUCAUACAGGACAAGGCCUUGCAGGAUCAGCUCGUUCCUAAGUUCGAAGCGGGAUGCCGGCGGAUCAACCCCGGUGAGAGGUAUCUACUUACAUUACAGGAGCCAAAUGUUGAGCCGGUGUUUGACGGCAUUGAGAAAAUAACGUCCAGUGGCAUCGUCGCCGGUGGUAUUGAGUACCCUGCCGAUGUUUUGAUCGCUGCAACCGGCUUCAAUACCUCGUUCCGACCACGUUUCCCGAUCCUUGGCCGCAACGGUAUCAAUUUGCAAGAUCUGUGGGCCGAUGAGCCAACGUCGUACUGCGGGACAGGUGUUUCUGGGUUUCCCAAUUACAUGGUCUUCCUGGGCCCCAAUACACCCAUUUCAAACGGAAGUCUCAUGGGUCCAAUCGAAGCGACAGGAGACUACUUUAUCAGAAUUCUCUCAAAGGUCGUCAGACAGCGGGUCAAAUCCUUUGACGUGAGACCAGAAGCGCAAAGCGACUUUGAUAAGCAUACUCAGGAAUUUAUGAAGAACAUGGUCUGGACGGGCACAUGUCGCAGUUGGUUCAAGAAGGGUGUCACAGGAAAAGUCAGCGCGCUCUGGCCGGGAAGUUCCCUUCACUACAUGCAAUGCUUGGCCGAGGAUCGAUGGGAAGACUACGAGUGGCGCUACGACGGCGAAAGGUACUCAUACUGGCGCGAGGGCUUCUCCUGGAUUGAGCAGCCCGACAAGGACCCGCUUGGUAUUGAGCAGCGGGAGUAUGCGACGUCCAUGACUACCAUUCCACACAGAUCUUCUGAUCUCAGCUUCUACCUGCAGGAGGCCGAGUCUCUUCCGCCAGGGGCGGUUGCUUUUAUCCCUCAGGCUCACGAACAGAAGCAGUACGUUGAAGGUGAUUUGAAGAUAGUGAACAAUAUGGAGGAGUCUGGAAAGAAGAAUGUCUCAGAUGUCGUCAAAGACCAGACUUGUGCGUCUGCUGAGAGCAUUCAGAACAUGGAGGCUCUUAGGCCGAGUGUUAUGGUCCCGGUCUAG